CCCUAGAAUCCAGAUCUAAUCCGCAAACCCUUGAAAUUUUACCAGUAUCUUAAUUUGAAGAAUUUUGAAGCUCAAGUUUUCAAAUUUCAAGUUCCGUAAUCUUUGGUAAGCCUUCUCAUUGCUGCUUUUUAACUCAAGUGUCUUAGACUGUGCUUAUAUUUACAUGACAAGUUCGCGUAAAUAGCUCAAUCGUAUCACUUCCUCACAUGGAGUAGACAAAAAUGAUAUUGGGUUUGCAAAAUACUUGUGUUAAAAUUAUUUGGUUUUGUUGAAUUUGUUGAAGGCUGUGAAUUUGAGAAUUGAGUAUUUGUUGAAUCUGAUUUUGGAUUUUGGAAAGUUUGAUGAAAUGGAGGUGAUUAGAUUUCUGGGUUAUUUGAAAUUCAAGUGCAAGGAUUCAUUUUUUCUGUACACUUGCUGUUUUUAGGGAUUUGGGUUUUGUAUGUGUGAAUUAACUGUACAAGUGGAGUCAUGGGUGAGAAAUUUUGGGUGAGUGAAGAAAAGACUAUGGUGGAAUCAGUAAUAGGUGCUGAGGCUUGUGAAUACUUUUCCUCUUUGGCCUCUAAUAAUGUAUUGGCAGAUUUGGUUUCUCCAACGUGUAAUUUGGGCUUGCAGCAGGGGUUGAGACAGGUUGUUGAUAAUUCAAAUUGGAAUUAUGCAAUUUUUUGGUGUGUGUCCAGCUUGAAAUCUGGCGAGUCUAUCUUGACUUGGGGUGAUGGGGUUUUUCGGAGUUCGGAUGGUGGUGGAGCUGGAAAAGAGAAUUCUAUAGGGGAUGUUAAAUUAGAGGGAGUUGAGAAGAGGGAGGAAGUGAAGAAGCGUGUGCUUCGAAAGCUGCACUCAUGCUUUAAUUUGUCGGCUAGUGAUAACUAUGCAGCUAAAGUGGAUUGGGUUUCUGAUUUGGAAAUGUUUUAUCUCACUUCAAUGUAUUUUACAUUUCGAUGUGAUUCAGCGUCUUUUCCUGCAGAUUCUUAUAAGUCUGGUAGACCAAUCUGGGCUUCGGAUGUAAUUAGUUGUCUAGAGCAUUAUCAAUUGAGAUCAGUUUUAGCAAGAUCAGCUGGACUCCAAACGGUAGUGUUUUUACCUGCUAAGUCUGGAGUUGUGGAACUUGGUUCUGUUAAAUCAGUUCCUGAAGAGCAUAAUAUUAUUGAAAUGACAAAGACCAUCUUUGGGGUUUCAAAUGUUGUACAGGCAAAGGCAUGUCCGAAAAUUUUUGGCCGUGAACUAAGUCUGGGUGGGUCAAAAUCUCAAUCAAUUACUAUUAAUUUCUCACCAAAAGUUGAAGAUGACUUGAUUUUCACUUCAGAAUCUUAUGCUGAAGCAAUAGGCACUAAUCCAGCUUAUGGAAGUACUUCUAAUGGAUGCACAAGCAACAGUAAUGAAGGGAAACUGUUUCCACAUCUGAACCAAAUGAAUGUUUCUGGUUUCAAUAAUGAAUCAACGGCUACUGGUAUAGAGCAGCCUAAGGAUGAUUUGUCACCUCAGCCAGAUGAGCGGAAGCCAAGGAAAAGAGGGAGAAAGCCAGCCAAUGGGAGGGAAGAACCUCUAAAUCAUGUGGAAGCAGAACGACAAAGGAGGGAGAAGCUCAAUCAGAGAUUUUAUGCAUUGAGAGCUGUUGUUCCCAAUAUCUCUAAGAUGGACAAGGCCUCUCUUCUUGGCGAUGCUAUUACCUAUAUCACUGAUCUGCAGAUGAAGAUUAGGGUUUUGGAAACUGAAAAGGAGAUGACAAACAAUAUGCAAAAGCCACCUGAAAUUGAUUUUCAUACAAGGCAGGAUGAUGCAGUUGUGAGGUUCAGUUGUCCUUUGGAUGCUCACCCGAUUUCUAGCAUACUAGAAACUUUUCGAGAACAUCAAAUUUCAGCACAAGAAUGUAACGUGUCUAUGACAGAGAAUGAUAAGAUUGUUCACACAUUUUCUAUCCGGACUCAAAGUGGUGCUGCUGAGCAGUUGAAGGAGAAACUGGAGGCAGCCCUCUCUAAAUGAUUUCAGUGUACCAUAGCUGUGUGUAUAAUCUCAGUCCAAUCUGUUUAUCUCAUUUUGAGGAGGCAAAGAGGGAAUCAUGUUUGCUUGUGACUAACCAGCCAUUGAUGGUAUCUGUACUCUUUUAACUUUUUGUUGUGUUAUGUAACUUCUCAUGCCAAGUGUGUGUAAUUCCUGUUUGUAAUAUUUGUUUAAGGUUUAUUUGGAUGAAAUUCCAUGUACCAAUUAGAGUUUAUGUAACAAGAUUUAUUUUUGAAAGUUGGACAUGUCCUUUAAAGUACUGUCCUAUAAUCUUAAACAGUUGCAAAAUCAAUUGCAACUGCAAAGUAAAAUUGUCAUUUUCC